AUGAAGAACCAGGACCGGAGGGUGACAAGGAGACACCCCUCCCUCCGGGACCUCGUCCUGGACGGCUCCAGCACGCUGACGCUGCUCACCCCCACCCUGCAGCACCUGACCGAGGUGUUCGAGCAGCACCUGGGCUCCCGCAACCAGAACCGGGGCUUCGUGGCUCUGCCCUCGCACCCCGCCGAGACCGCCGCCAUCCUCCAGGCGCAGUUCCUCUUCGACGUCCUGCAGAAGACGCUCUCCUUGAAGCUUCUUCAUGUUCCAAACUCUGCUUUGCAAUCUGCUGUGAAGAUCUUCCCUUUCAAGUCCCUCCGGCAUCUGGAACUGAGGUCUGUCCCCCCACACUGCCUCCAAGGACUGCGAUUUGUCUAUUCUCAACUGGAAUCUCUUACCUGUUGCAAAUGUAUCAGCACAGUGGAGGAAAUAAUUUCAGCAUGUGGUGGAGACCUAAGCUGUGCUCUCCCGUGGCUGGAAUUGCAGACUGUGAACUUCAGCUAUAACUCGAUCAGUGCCUUGGAUGAUUCACUGCAAUUACUGAAUGCUCUGAGAGUCUUAGAUCUGAGUCAUAACAAGAUCCAGGAUUGUGAGCACUAUUUAACGACCCUUACAGAACUAGAAUACCUCAAUCUGGCUUAUAACUUCCUGUCCAAGGUGCCCAACCUUGGCAUCUUCAGCCGAUCCAAGCUGGUGACUCUGAUCCUGCGCAACAAUGAGCUUGACAGCGUUAAUGGGGUUGAACAGCUAGUGAAUCUGCAGCACCUGGAUGUGGCCUACAACCUGCUGCUAGAACAUGCCCAGUUGGCACCAUUGUCUGCUCUGCACUGUGUAAGAAAACUUCACUUAGAGGGAAACCCAUUAUGGUUCCAUCAGAACCACCGAUCAGCCACCCUUGCUCAUCUGUCUCCCAGGGCAGCCUCCUCCAAUUUCCUCUUAGAUGGGGAGCCACUCUCUUCCUCAGACCUAAUGCACCUGCCAAGACUUGUGCAAAGUGUGUCACAGUCCAUCCACACUUCUACCUCAGAGAAAACUGCACUGGACCGCAGUGCUCUGGAGAGCUCCUGUGCUGCAGACUUCAGCGACAGUCCGUCCCCAGCAGAGAAAGUGGCUGUCAGGCUCCCUCGGAAGAAAAGCAAGGGAAAAGUCAAAGUGCGCAGAGCAAGCAUUUCGGAGCCCAGUGACUCUGAGCAUGAGCCCCCAGCUUUACCUCUCUCUGCUGGCCUGGUCCUACAGCAUCAGAAGGAGAUGAAGCGCUUGAACAGCUUCAGAGAUCGCUUUGGUGUUGACUGGUUGCAGUACAAGAGACAUCUGGAGGAGCAUGACCAAGUACCUGUCAUCUGCCGUAGCCGUUCUGCAGAUGAGAUCACAGGCAGACCUGCUGCAAUGGACUUGCAGAGUGAGAGCUCUGACCCAGAUCAAGGAAAUCCCCAGGUAUCCCAGGAAGAAUCCCCUCCUCCUUUGGAUGAUACUGAGAAGGAGGAAGAGCCUGAAGUACAGCUGGAUGAGCCUGUUGAAGGAGAAGAGGAGGCAGAUGAGCUAAUGCUGGGGGAGGAAGAAGAGGAGAAGCCAGAAGUGGACCUCUGCCAGCCAGUGCUGGUGAGCCAAAUAGAAGGUGAAGGGGACCCCGAGCCAGAUUGGAUCUUCUUGCGAGUCACAGCUAAGCAUGUGAUUGAGGUGGAACUGAAGGCUGCCAGAGUACUCCACAAGCUGGAGCUGAAAUGCCUGCAGAAGGUGGAGACCUCCAACAUGAACUGGAAGAGGAUGGACCUGGAGCGAGUUUUCCCUGUCCUCACGUUGCACUUCAGCUACAUUCGCAAGGACCGGCAGAAGCGCAAAUACGUGGUGCUGGACGACUGCCCGGAGCAGUGCCUACAGUGUGUCCUUGAAGUGUUGUCUCCAGCUGUUGAGGAGAACCGGCAAAAUCAGGACCAGGAGAAGGGAUCCAUGAAACUCCAGUGCCUGAAAUGCAAGCAGGAGUUUUCACAGCCCCUGGUUCCCUGGCAUCAAGGUUCCUAUCCUUCAGAGGUUGGAGAUGCCAAAAUCCUGCAGACCCUAGUUGCCUCAGAUCAAGAUGCUGCAGCAGCUAGUGAAUCCAUAGUCUGUCCCAAUUGUUCCAGUGACCAUGUGGUCAUCCUGCCUUCAGAGGUGUGCUCCAGCACACCUUUGCCACCUGGCCACGAUAGCACAAGUGAAGACCUGUCAGACUCUGUCCUGGAGGGAGGCAGCCAACAGGAGGGCCCAGAGGAAGCACCUCCCCUGGCCAGUGAAAGUGGGAAGUUCUACAUUGGCGGGGAGGACAGCUCUGAGAUGGACACCAGCACCAGGACCCCGGAGCUGAGUGGGGAGCACAAUGGCACGCUCUAUUUCAGUGCCCACAGUCCAGACGAGGGCUGUGGGAAGAAGGAGCUGAGCCUGAAGAGCCAAUACUUCUCCUUCAGCCACACAGACACCAAUGGGGGCAGCCUGAUAGGGAGCUACCGUUACAGCGUUUCGCGGGGGGCCACUCCUUCCCAGCUCUCUUUGAACUCCGAGUCUGAGGAAACAUGGAAUCUCAGUCCCCCUGUAAAUGGUGUCCUGAACACGAGGGACUUCCGCUCUGUGGAUCAUCGCCUGAAGCUGUACCUGGAUAUGGAAGUUUUUGAAGAGGAUGCUGAAGAGUUCCAGUGCUUUCUUAAGGUUGUCAUGGUGAAGUUUGGCCGACAAGGAGAGUUCCUCUCAAUUCUGGUUGCCUCUGAUCUCAAGAUUUAUGUGCUGGAAGUCACUGGGGCUAUCAGGGGACAACCUGCAGACUGGCUGAAGAAGAAUGACUCUCACUUCCUGUCUGAUAUUUCCCAUCUGGAAGUGGGACUCUGCCACCAGAGCUUGCGAAUGGAGUUUGAGAACCCAAAAGCCUCCUACAAUCUGCUGAUCCGGAACCAAAGCUGCUGUGACCAGUUCCUGCAGACCCUGACAUAUCUCAUGCAAGAGCUGCCUGCUAAGCACAGGAGUAAGGUGAAGGAAAUCCCCACUGUGAAAAUGAAUCCACAACAUUGGCUAUGGCCUCUGCUGGACCCCAAGACCACAGAUUCUGCAGCUUCAGAUGACCCUUGUUUCUUCUACCUGUUGGCCUACCUCAUUCAAGAGUAUGGUGCCUAA